AUGUGGUUUAUCCAGCACUCCUGGAGAAAGCAGAUUUCAACACCAAAGCCUCAGCCCUGGGAGCCUCUCAGCGUGGAGACCAAGCAGGUCCAAACCUGCCUGGGGGAGCUGGGGAAGGUGGACAUCAUCUCAAUAUCCAUGUCAGGCAUCAGUGUGAACCUCAUGAGGUUCAACAAGGCCAAGUGCAAGGUUCUGGACCCUUCAGCAUUUGAGCUGCCUGAACUUGCCUGGAGUGGGUCUUUCAGCAGUUUUAGGCAUGGGACUGCAACAGGUGGCCAGUUGGCAAACACAAGUUCAAAGGUGGCAACAGCAACUGCUUCCACCUUGCUGGAUACUCUCAGUUUGAGCAACUACCCUUAUGAGUACUUGGAUGAGGAGGACUUUGUGGAGUACAGCCCCUGCACAAAGGAGGAGGUGCUCUCCUUUGGCAGAGUAUUCUUGCCAUCUUUCUACACCCUGGUCUUCCUGCUCGGGUUGGCUGGGAAUGUCCUCCUGUUUAUUGCCCUCGUUAUGGACAUCAAGAAGAAAAAGAAGAUGACCGAGAUGUAUCUGCUGAACCUGGUGGUUUCAGACUUCUUCUUGCUCCUGACCCUUCCUUUCUGGGCUCUGUACAUUUCUCAGGGGGUCCCCUGGGGCAUUUUGUGCCCAGUCUUAAAUGUCGUGUACACCGUGAAUUUCUACAGUGGGAUCUUUUUUGUGAGCUGCAUGAGCCUGGACAUGUACCUGCAGACAGUUCAUGCCUGCUCUCCUCACAGCCCCACGACACAGAGAAAGCCCAUCAUCAUCCUUUCAGUUGUCUGGGGCCUUUCCAUACUCCUCUCCAUUCCCGACGGCCUCUUCACCAGCACAAGGCAAAUCCACAACCAAACCAUCAUAUGCACUCACGAUUACGGCCAGAAACACUUAUUUUGGGAAGUUGUCUUUCGGGUCAUCCAAAACCUCCUGGGUUUCCUUUUCCCCUUCCUGUUCAUGACGUUCUGCUACUCCCGCGUAGCGUGUGCCCUCACCACAUCCCAGCUGCCUGGCUCGAGGAGAGCACGCUGCUUAGUCUUUACUCUGGCGUGUGUCUUCUUUGUCCUCUGGUGCCCUUACAACGUCGUCCUCGUCCUCCACUCCCUGCAAGACGUGGGUUUGAUCCAGAGCUGUGAAAGCAGCAGACGACUGGACUACGCCACGCAGAUCACGGAGAGCUUGUCCUUUGCCCACUGCUCUCUCAACCCUUUGCUCUGUGCUCUCAUGAAAAAACGGCUCAGGUGGUAUUUACAGAAGAUCCCUCAGGCCGUUUUUAGGAGAAGCACUUUCUUUGUCAGCCAGCCCCCACACACCAGCCAGUCUUGCAGCAGAGAUGCAGCCGAGAUAGAAAUGUCGGGUAUGACAUAUGCCUAA